AUGGCCUUCGAAUGGAAAGCGGCCGGUCUCACCUACAAUCGAUACCUCGCCAUUGCCGCCAGAGUCGUCCGCAGAUCGUUAAAAGAAGGACCCAGACUUCAAGCUGAGAGAAGAGGCGAUAUGGAUCUGAGAUUCGCAAAGUGGCAGAACGGGAAACAAGGAGAAAACAGGAACCUGGGCGCUGCGAACGCCGAUGCCAUGGCGGAACAUGCGACUGGAGAGGCAAAAUAG